UAUCCAAAAUAUUACUCUUUGACAUUAAAUGCGAUACCUAAUCCGGAAGAAAACAUAUCAUCAACCACUUGGGACGACCGAGCAAAAUUUUCUGCAACUUUAUUUAUGCAUAAUCCAAAUAUAACUUUAGAGCAUGGACCAUUAGGCGAAGCUUCAAGUAAAGAUUAUGAAUUUGGUAUUGAAAAAUUUGUUCAUUCAAAAAGUUUACCCAAAACCGGAGAAGUUACAAUAGGAGUUUGGAUAGAUGAUACAAAAUUAGAAAAUAAAAAGCCAGAAUAUCAUUAUCUUCCUCCUAAACCUUGGCCAAAAGAUAUAAUUGAUGCUUGGUACGAAGAAUUAAAUCAACCAGAUAUUUCAGACGUUCAAUUUAAUUUGCCAGAAACCACAAUAUAUGCACGUAGUUCUAUUCUUACAAAACGGUCGGAAUAUUUUCGAAAAAUAAUCGAAGGUAGUUGGAUUGAAGGUUCUCAACGAGGUUAUCAGAGAAAUGAUUAUGUUAAUCAACAAUAUACCAUGAAUAGUACGGCGGAGAGUGAAUCACCUCCGUCAGGAUUAUCAAGUGAUGAAAUACGAUUAAACGAAGAAGAUAUAUCAUCUAAACAACGAAAAAG